AUUCACCCUGACAAUUAAGUGGCUGCGUCAGAUUUCUCUACAGCCUCGGCGGCGGCUAUAAAAGGCCAUUGCAAAGGCAGGCAUUGAGCACAGGCAGACAAGGAGGAGGCAGGGAGCGAGCAGAAGCAAUCAUGAGUACCGCAAGCUACGACUCCUAUUUCCACUCUCAGAGGAAACGCUAUGGGGACAGCCCUGUGUCCAGGGUUUACGGAGGUAUCCAGCACUCCAGGAGCUCCAUUGGAAGCAGCAUCAAGCCCAUCAGGUCGACCUACUCAGUCCAGUCUUUCUCGGGGAGGAAAGGGCAUGCUUCUCCAUCCAUGAUCUCAGCCCUGGACACCUUUGAUCUGAGCCAGGCGAGCGCCGUGAGCAGCGAGUUCCGUACGGUCCGCACCCAGGAGAAAGCCCAGCUGCAGGAGCUGAACGACAGGUUCGCUAGCUUCAUCGAGAAGGUCCAUGAGCUGGAGCAGCAGAACAAGGUGCUGGAAGCCGAGCUGUCCAUCCUGAGGCAGAAACACGGGGAGCCCUCCCACCUCAAGGCCAUUUACGACCAGGAGCUCCGAGAUCUCCGUCUGGCUCUGGAGGACGCCAAGAACGAGAGGCAGAACGCCCAACUGCAGAGGGAUCACCUGGACGACGUCCUGAAGAAGAUGCAGACUCGCUUCGAGGAUGAGGUCCUCAACCGGGAGGACGCCGAUGGCAGGUUGGUGGAAGCCAGGAAGAGCGCUGACGAGGCUGUCUUGGGCAGGAGUGCGAUGGAGAGGAAGAUUGAUGGCUUGGUGGAGGAGAUCGCCUUUCUGAAGAAGCUGCACGAUCAGGAGAUGGGGGAGAUGCAAGCUCAGAUCCACAGUGCCCAAGUGUCCGUCGAGGUGGACAUGGCUGUGCCAGACCUGUCCUCUUCCUUGAGGGACAUCAAGGUCCAGUACGAGAAGGUGGCUACCAAGAACUUGGAGUCGGCCGAAGAGUGGUACAAGAAUAGGUUCAACGUAAUGGUGGAGAGCGCUUCCAAGGAACAAGAGUCGAUGAAGCAAGCUCGAGAUGAGAUGUCUGAGAUCCGGCGCCAUGUGCAGUCAAAGACUUUAGAGAUCGAGGCGGUGAAGGGGUUGAACGAGUCUUUGGAACGCCAGCUUCAGGAGCUGGAGCAGAAGCAAGGCAUGGACGUAAACUCGUUGCAGGACGUAAUCAACGACCUAGAAAAUGAAUUAAGCUCCACCAAGAAUGAGAUGGGGCAUUACCUGAAAGAGUAUCAGGAUCUUCUGAAUGUGAAGAUGGCUUUGGACAUCGAGAUCGCAGCCUACAGGAAACUACUGGAGGGAGAAGAAACUCGUAUCAUCCACACCCACACUGGUGGAUACAUAGGUGACAAAUGGUGAGAUGUAUAAAGCAGGAGGGUGAGGGGAGAGCUCAGAGGGACGUUUGUGAAAUGAAGCGUGCUGAAGGCAAAAAACGACAUGAUUGAAGAAAACGACCCAAGAGAAUGAAGAGGGAAGUUCACGUACAUAAACCAAUUGCUUUGUGUAAUUAUGAGCCAUCCAAACAAGCUGAGCCUCUGGUGCUACUGUGUAUAGUUUCAUUAAUUUGAAGCUUAUUACCAAAUCAAGAAUGCUUGCUGCGUGCAUUGUCUUAACGGGUCCUUUCCUGUGACGCUAUGAGUAUACAGUAUAGUCAUAUACUAAUGUCAGGACACAGUCAUACAAGCUAAAAGUGCAAUUAUUUGUAUAACUACCGUGAAUUCAAAGCAAAAGCGCUCAGAAUAAAGCUGAAAAUGAAGUGAAGCA